UAGUUUUAAGGUAAAUCGCGGGAGUUGGAGGUCAUUUCGGGAUCCAAACGAAGGUCCUUGCUCACUAAGUAUCCAUACAAUUGAAUCCCAAUUUCUUCCCCUUCUUCCCCGAAUUUCAAUUCCUCCUUUCUUCUGCUUCUUCACUUUAUUUCGCUGCUAUUUAUUACUCCAAACGCAACACUUUACAAUAAGAAAAGAAAAGGAAAGAAAAGAGAAGCCUUCGGUUUUGUAUCGUAACUGACAAGAAAAUUAGGAGGAGCAGAGAGUGGGUUCAGAAAUGGAAGACGAUACAUGGAGCUUUGCUCUUUCUACUUCUUCUAGAAGCUACCAAUCAGCUCUCAGAUCUCUUUCUGAUCUUUGCCUGGAUUUUGAAGAGGUAGAUGGAGAUAAUAUUAAUGAAUAUGAAGAUGAUGAUAUUAGGGCAGAGUAUCCAUGCCCCUUUUGCAUUGAGGAUUUUGAUUUAGUUGAAUUGUGCUCUCAUAUUGAUGAUGACCAUCCUUUUGAAUCUAAGCCAGGGAUAUGCCCAGUCUGCGCCACAAGAGUAGGGGUGAGUAUGGUUCGACAUCUAACCACUCAGCAUGGGAGCAUGUUCAAGAGGUUGCAAAAAUUAAAGCUCCAGAAAGAUGGGUCUUAUUCAACUCUUUCGCUUCUAAAGAAGGAAUUACAGGAUGGGCAUUUCCAAUGCCUACUUGAUGUGCCAUCUCCUGCGGUUUCUUCCUCAAAGAUGGAGCCCGAUCCUUUGAUGUCAUUCCUUUACAAUGCAAUCCCUGCUGAUAAGUCUGGAAGUGUACAGCCACAUUGUUUACCUGAUGUAGUCUUAGAAGAGAAAAGCUCUGAGGAAAAUAUUUUAGAAAGAGAUAUGCACCAAUCUCCCUUAUCAGAGAAGGAACAAAUUGAGAAGGGUAGGAGAAGCCGGUUUGUGCAGGGGCUGCUAUUGUCCACAAUCUUUGAGGAUGAUUUAUGAUAUAGUAUAGCACAAUUGUUUGUUAACUCUAGAUCAUAACAAAAAAAUUCCAUUGUCGAUGUUGUUCGUAUUGAAUGUACCUUGGUAAGGAGAGGUAGGUUAGGCAUAAUGGGGAAGUGAUCAUACCAAUCAAUUUAACCAAUUAGCGAGGUGAGAGCCAGGACUAUAUGUACUCUGUUAUUGAAUUCUGUAACAUAUAAUGAAAUUUAGUGUUCCUCUUA